GCAGCACAAGCACAUCACUGCAGGCGGUGACUUCAACCACGGCACGGACAAUGCUCAGGAGGAGAGGAACCAGGAGUGUCGAGACAAGAGCAGCGUUUUCAGCCAGCAGCGGACAUUUAUAAGGAUUUAGUUACUCUAGAACAUUACUCGCACACAAUGACCCGGUAAACGGAUGAGUCUGUGACUUUUAUCAACCACGCAGUGAAGCUAACUUUGCUAAAAAUCAAGAAGCAAACUUAAGCUAGGUGUUUAUGUCAGCUGCCGUUUGUCUCUUUGUGAUCAAGUGGCAGAGCUGACCAUAACUAAUUUAAUAAGAAAACGUUGGUUAACUCUGCCGAAUAACCUACAACUUCUUUAUAUAAGUUGUCUUCCAGGCUUGUCAACGUGGUUCAGGUUAGGUAGAACUGUUUUUCUUUUUUUUUUUUUCGUAUUUUGAAACCAAAAGGACUUGAAUAGAAAUAAACCCUGGACACCAAUUUGCCUGCGUCAAGGAGCUGAAUGGCCUCUGUUGUAGCAUUGAAAACUGAGAAGCGACCUGCAACUGAUUCUCAGGAUGCAGACUCAAAUGCAAAAAAGCCCAGGAAACUGCUGCCCAGCCUGAAGAAUAAACGAGCUCCCGAGUUGGUCCUGGUGAUUGGUACAGGAGUGAGCUCUGCAGUGGCCCCUCAGGUCCCCGCACUCCGCUCCUGGAAAGGCCUCAUCCAAGCCUUGCUGGAUGCAGCCAAUGACUUCGACCUACUAGAGGAGGAGGAGAGUCGGCGUUUCCAGAAGCAUAUGCAGGAAGAUAAGAAUUUGGUGCAUGUGGCUCAUGACCUCAUUCAGAAACUUUCCCCGAGAACAGGCAAUGUUCGCUCCACAUUCUUCAAGGACUGUCUAUACGAGGUAUUUGAUGAUUUGGAGUGCAAGAUGGAGCAUGCGGGGAAACAUCUACUGCGCUCAGUGCUGCAGUUAAUGGAGAGCGGUGCUCUGGUCCUCACCACUAACUUUGACAACCUGUUGGAGAUUUAUGCAGCUCACCAGGGCACCAAGCUGGAGUCUUUGGACCUGACAGAUGAGAAGAAGGUGUUGGAGUGGGCUCAGGAGAAACGGAGGUUAAGUGUCCUGCAUAUCCACGGCGUUUACACCAACCCCAGUGGCAUCGUACUGCACCCUGCUGGCUACCAGAAUGUACUGAGGAACACUGAGGUCAUGUGUGAGAUCCAGAAGCUGUACGAGACCAAAUCAUUUGUGUUCCUUGGCUGUGGGCGAACAGUUGACGACACAACCUUCCAGGCUCUGUUCUUGGAGGCAGUCAAACACAAGUCGGACCUGGAGCACUUCAUGCUCGUGCGGCGCGAGGACGUGGGUGAGUUCAAGAAGCUGCGUGACAACAUGCUGGACAAAGGCAUCAAAGUCAUAUCCUAUGGAGACGAGUAUGCCGAUCUGCCAGAGUACUUUGAGAGGCUGGCCAAUGAGAUCUGCAACCGUGAUGCGUUGACCAACGGCUGGGGUUCUCCUUCACAAAAUGGGGAAGAGCAGCAGAAUGGCUUAAACACACAGAAAAGCCUCCUUCAAGACUAUGAUUCCUGACAGGCACACACUUGGGAUCCAUAUAAGUCAUUUUCCUCCGCAGCUCCUUCGAGAGAUCAGUAUUUUUCGAGUAGCAUUCUGAUUCUGAUUCUGACACAUAGGAAUCACAGAACACUAUGGGCCAUAGGAGACCUACAAGCUGUUGUCAUUGUUUUACAUUUAUUUUCCUUUUAUUCGUUUUCAUUUAAAAAGGGAAAGACGAGGUGACCAUCAACACAAACGCCCAGCCUUACAGACACAGCCGUACUGUAUUAAAAUAUUGUUCAAACCUCAACAUUUGGGUUGCUGAAAUCCAGUUUCAGGUUGCAGAAUGUGGACAUGAAUAGAAGAAAGCAGAGUAGACCCCACUGCCCGGUGAUGACAAGCUCUAGGUGCAAACUAUAACGUACACAAAGAAGCGUUGAUAUGUUCGGAUCGUAUCGGUCAUGCUCAACCGUGAAACCAGGAGAACUUAAUUUGCACAUUACUGGAUGAGGAAUGAAAAUGGUGGAAAGAAUCCUGUGUCAUAAACACUACUUACAUCAAUGUUAUGACUCGUUCUUGAAAUGUAAAUGAAUACAUUUUCGUAGCAGAGCGGCUCUGCUUGUAGCAAUCACUUUGCCACUCCUGUGCUAAAAAUUAAAAGUUCUUUAUAUGCCUUUUUUUGUAUUUUUAAUACUUGCAUGUGUUUUCUGACAGUAUUUAUUAGUACUAUUUUCAAAAUAAACCUUUUGGUAUCCCGUU